ACUUUGCUCAAUUUUAGUAUGUGAAUUACUCGUGGUCGCGAAUUUGACAUAUUCGCCCCUCAUGUCAGCUUUUCCCCGCUAUUCCCACUAUACGGAGCACCACGCUCUCCCGACCAUUGCCGCCCCACCGGCCAAAGCGCCAAGCGAAAUAAGCAAAAAAUAAAACUGAGACAGAGUAUGCCCCACAAAUGUAAACACGUCACAAACGAGCUAGUGAAAAAUCAGUAAUAUUUAGUGAUCGCGAACUUGCUGCGAUUUUCUUUUGCUGUAUCAAGUUUUGAGUUUUGAAGGUAUUUGGAAAUUUAUGAAAUUUGCAAAUUUAAAUACUACUCUAGCGGAUCGUACGAUCAGAAAACGGUCGAAAAAAGUACAAAAACGACCGAUUUUGGUCGAUUAUGUACUUUAAAUACAAUAAUAAAGAGGUCGACAAAUGAUGAGCGCGCUGAGAAAAGAGAAAAGUCAGAAAUCAAAAAUUAAUCAGCCAAGUUCACAGAGGUUGAGGGCCCUGAUGUGCAGGUGCUGCAUCGGCGCCAAACCCAACCCUCGUAGAACUCUUCCGAGUUGUUAUCGAUGUGUAUUGAUUACAAAUUUCCCGAACACCACAACCCUACAACCCUCAUAUUCUUAUUCUGUUAUCAUUGCGUUGUUGUGUCAUACCAGUGGAUAUUUUUGUUUGUUAAUCGACUUUUUGGCAUUCGUGUAUAGUUGUCCAAAUACAUAUAAAUUUAUAUAAACUUUGUUUAUAUACUUUGUUUGUCACUCUGCUCCAUGUUAAAGCUCUCAUCCCUCUUGAUCGUGCAUCUCAUUGAUGUGUCGUCGAAAAUAAGUAUCGAUAUGAUUGAAGUUUGUUCAUCAGUAGGAUGAGAGAAACCAAGCUAGGAGUCAUGGAAUAAUAUGAAAUUGGAUCAAGUAGAAUAACCCUGCUUGGGUUUUCACAAGAGAAUUUGUGACAGAGGUAAAAUGGACACAGCUACUGAAUCAGAGAACAUUGAGAGAUUGGAAAAGGAGGCAGAAACCUUGAAAAUUCGUCUUGACGAUGAAAGACAAAAACUUAACGACGUUACACUUUCUAGUGUGGCGGAUAGGUUGGAAGUUAUCAAUGCCAUAAUUGUCAAACCAAGAAGAAUUUUAAAAGGCCACCAAGCUAAAGUAUUGUGUUCCGAUUGGUCCCCUGAUAAACGGCACAUUGUUUCGUCUUCUCAGGAUGGGAAGAUGAUUAUUUGGGACGCAUUCACAACCAACAAAGAACACGCUGUAACAAUGCCAACGACCUGGGUAAUGGCUUGUGCUUAUGCUCCAAGCGGAGCUCUCGUCGCUUGCGGGGGAUUGGACAACAAAGUAACCGUCUAUCCUUUAAGCCUGGAAGAUGAUGUAACAACGAGGAAAAAAACUGUAGGAACCCAUACAUCGUACAUGUCCUGCUGUGCAUUUCCAAACAGUGAUCAACAAAUACUAACAGGCAGCGGUGAUAGCACGUGUGCCCUCUGGGACGUUGAAAGCGGUCAGCUGUUGCAAAAUUUCCAUGGACACUCCGGUGACGUAAUGUCAAUCGAUCUUGCACCUAGUGAAACUGGUAACACCUUUGUUUCCGGUAGUUGUGACAAAAUGAUUCUCAUUUGGGAUAUGAGAAGCGGUCAGUGCGUUCAGAGUUUCGAAGGUCAUCGAUCGGAUGUGAACUCUGUACGUUUCCACCCAAGCGGUGACGCAGUCGCAACGGGUUCCGAUGACGCAACCUGUCGUCUCUUCGACCUUCGUGCCGACAAAGAAGUCGCUGUAUAUGCCAAAGAGAGUAUUAUUUUCGGUGCUAACGCUGUCGAUUUGAGUAUCAGUGGGAGAUUACUCUUCGCCGGUUACAACGAUUACACAAUUAACGUUUGGGACACACUCAAGUGUCAGAGGAUAACGAUACUGUAUGGCCACGAGAACAGAGUUUCGUGUCUUCGCGUAUCACCGGAUGGGACCGCAUUAUCGACCGGAAGUUGGGACGCUACACUCCGAGUUUGGGCCUAGAAACGCCACAUCGGUCUUUUGAGCAUUAUAGAAAUAUUCUAUUGAGAAAACGGAUAUUAUAUUACAAGAAACGUUGAAUACGACUGUUUUGUUUCUCCUGGAGAAAAUCUCAUGAAAUAACACCAUUGCGACCGAAUAUAGUUAAAUGCUUUUUUGAAAGGAUUCAUUAUUUUAUGUUCACUGUAAGAGGUUCACAGACAUACGUGCACAGAAAUAUUUAAGGGACUCGAUCGGUCCCAUUCGUCUAGUUUACGAUUGGUUGUACACAGAUACUGCAUUUCGACGUAUUUCUCUCGUGCUCCACUAUGUAGCACACCCUAUUAUUGCGAUGGAUCGUAGAAUAUCCAAACGUUCCCUGGUGCCAUCGUUCGAUUAUAUAAUAAGUAUUAUGAAAAAUAAAUAGACAAAUGUUAUAGAGGUCGUGAGACUAGUGCGUGAUCGUGAUUUAGAUAUAUUUAUAGUUAAUUUAAUACGAGAGAGGCGUAAGCGCCAUCAAUUUUGUUACUGCCAAAAGGGUGUAAAUGUUGAGCCAAAUGAUUUUCAAAAAAUAUAUUCAAGCACCGCAUAGCCACUAAUAACGCUCACUCACUUCUCGCGAUGAAUAUUCCAUUUUUUAUUGUUAUAUUCACAGUUUACGCCCUUUUAGCUUCAAAUCAUCUAUGUAUAAUGAUUAUUUAAAAAAUUCAUUAGUGCAAUAACAUUGUGUACAAUACUCUAAAGCCGUUACGUCCGUGAUAAGGAAAACGGCUUGCUGGAGGCUCCUUUUCAUCUUAUGCUUGGAAUCGCUUCCGAGUUACGCUUAUUAAAACUCGUGCUGUAAACAGCCAUCGCGCGGGCUCUGAAUGAUGACUAAAAAUUUUGAAACUACGGCAUUAGCAGCCGAUUUAAAAUCUCGCUGUUUAUUUUAAUCAUCAAAAGUCUGGUGUUUCUCAGGAUUUUUUAAUUUACAUUAUUUAGCUUGGUGAAUAUUUGCAAAAUUUGAUCGGUCUAAGAUUUUACGGAAAUUUCAUUAACACCAGAGUGUUCGAAACAUAUUUUUUAAGCACACAGUCUUUUGACGCAAGUUGUCGGAUGGCUUUUUUAUCACUCAAAAUGACGUUAUUCAUACUUUCAUUACUCAUGACUUCUCUAAGAAUCUGUCUCAAUUAUUAUUAAUGCCAAAGAAACGGACGGACAAUUGAAGAAAUUUUAAUUUUUAUUAUUUCAUGAAAACUUCUGAAUAUUCGUAGAGAAAAAUCUUGACGACCAACAAAUGACUGCAAACAGCUAAACGUUCGUAAAACAUCCUUGAAACUGGAAACGUUGUUAGAUCUAAAAUUAAUAGAAUUAUGCUAACGGAACUUUUAGAAUUGAAGAAAUGAUUGGGCAACGUAAAAAAGGAGCUUCGAGUGUGUCAUACUCAUAAUUUCAGUGGAAAACCGCUGUGUAAAAAAAUUUAUGCGAAUAGACCUUUUGAAGGUAUUGAAAUCACACUGGAUAAAUCAAACGAGAUGAAGGUUCGACUGCGCUAUACAUGUAAUGCGUGACUCUAAUCAAUCUCGAAUUGUAAUUUGUAUCUAGUGCUGGAUACAAAUAUUGGGCUGGUCCUCUUGAGCUUUAUUAAACAGAGCAUUACUAUUUAAGGAUAUUUAUUAAUCCCCAUCGAUUAUUGUCUCUAUAUUCUCUCAUACAUUAUGAACGAAUAAGAGAUUUGUAAAGAAUUCAAUAAAGAAUCAAUCGAACGCGUA